GGAAGUUCAAGGGAAGGGUGUUCAUGGAGCCCGAUUGCUGACCAGGCUGUGAAAUAACCAUGACACCUGCUUGUCCUCUCUAGAGUGGCAUGGUUCUCAGGCUUCAUCCAGAACCUGCUUCCUCUAAGGAACCGAGGAAGGCGUGAGUCAGAGGUGUCUGCAUCAACUUCUGAACCCGGUCUUUUAUUGUUUCUCUUCCCUCUCGCUAUAGUCUUUGGCGCUGGACUUUGAGUUUUGGAGCAGGUCACAUGGUUUGAAAUAACUUCACAGCCCUUCCCGUCUGGCCCUGCCCACCGCAGCCUGUGGAGAAAGAGCCAUUGGCAGUGCACCAGCCAGACUGGGAGACACCAGACUCCAGCCAGCUACAAGGAGGCCCCGAAGAAGCAACUCUGGGCACCUCUGGUGAGUAACUUGUUGGAGCCCUCUUGUUGCUGUGAAGAAACAGGUCACCUGAGCUCGUAGUUUAGGGGAUCGGUCUUUCACUUGUGGGAUGCGUGCCGGGGGGGGGGGACAAGAUCCGCUCACACUGUAUCCACAGACAGGAAGCAGAGAGAUGCAGCCGGCCUCCCCGUCUUCACUCAGUCUGGGAUGGCAGCCCACAGACACGUAUGGAGAUUUAAUUUUUAGACGAGUCUGAGUUCAGUCAAGCCCGUGAUCAAGAUUAGCUGUCUCAGGUGGACUGGGAGUUGUUCACAGAGACAGGACAUCCCAGCCAUCACUUUCUGUUUGUUAUAAACCACCAAGCUUGACUUGAUAUGGUUUGGGGGCAUCUGCGGAGCACAGCACAGGGCCAGAUGAAAAGAAUCAGAACCGUGGCGCUCUGUGAACCUGAGUCUGCUCCUACCUGUGCUUGGAGACUCACAGGGAUGUCGGCAGGGCUGUAUGUGCGAUGCAGAAACCUAGAGUGGCCAGCGUUCAUCCACGGAGUAUCGGCUUUAAGCGCAUGGUGCUCAUGGUUUGAUCUUCCACAGAGGCAGAAGCCGGCUACUGCAGUCACUGUAGCAACCAUUAUAAAAUGGCUAAAGACUGGGAGGGGUCCUCUGAAGUGGGGAGCCCUUCCCAGCUCCCUCCUUGGUCUGAAAGCUGGUGGCUUUUUGCUUGCGUGACAAGACCCAGGCUGUGCAUACCUUUUAUGCAGCCACCGUGAGCCUCCCUCUGCUCCAGACUGGCCAAAUCAGUCCUGGGUAAGCACUCUGGCCAGCCCUGUCCCCAUGAGAUCCUUUCUGCCCUUAGAACAGCAGCAGUACCACCAGCUGCUGGACACAGUGUCCAACUCUAAAGUUGGCUCCAGGACAGUUUCUUAACCUUACUUCCUUUUCUCCCCACUUUGUGUGUGUGUGUGUGUGUGUGUGUGCGUGCAUGUGUGUGUAUGUUUGCCAUGCAUGUGUGUGUGUGCAUGUGUGUGCGUGUGCAUGCAUGUGUGUAUGUUUGCCAUGCAUAUGUGUGUGUGCAUAUGUACUCAUGUGUGUGCAUGUGUGUUGCUGAGGAUGGAACCUACGCCCAGCACCUCAGCAGUGCUGGGUAAAUACUGGAGCUUGUGCUCCCAGAUCCUGACCAGCUUUUAUUGUCACCUUGGGUUAGUGAAGUCCCCGGGCCAUGAGCAGUGAUGACUAAUGUGGUUUACUGACACCAGGUGAGGCUCUCUGCCUGCCAGAGGUAAGGGGUGGGGGUGGGGACAGGGAGUGGGAAGUGAGCCUAGCAUUGCUACAGGGUGUUCCUGCAUUGCCACAGGGUGUUCCUCUGACUCCCUGAGUUGGAUGUUGUUCCUCCACCAGCAGUGUGGAGCAAAGAAGGCUAGAGCAGAAAAACUCCCUGGCCUCGGUCGAACGCCCGAGCACAGUCUUCGAUUGCACCCCUAUCCUGGCCUCUCGGAGUCCAGGUAUGGCCGAACUGUGCCGCAUGGAUUCCACGCUGACUGCUCUGGACGAGGAGCUGCUCUGGGAUAUGCUGGAGAGUCACCGAUGCAGGAUCGUGCAGAGCAUCUGUCCCAGCCGGCUCACCCCCUACCUGCGCCAGGCCAAGGUGCUGGGCCAGCUGGACGAGGAGGAGAUCCUCCACAGCUCCCGCUUCACCAACAGUGCCAUGAGAGUUGGGCACUUGCUGGAUCUGCUGAAGGCCCGAGGGAAGAACGGAGCCAUUGCCUUCCUGGAAAGCCUGAAGUUCCACAACCCUGAUGUCUACACCCUGGUCACUGGGCUACAGUCUGACAUUGACUUCAGCACCUUCAGCGGUCUCAUGGAGACAUCCAAGCUGACCGAGUGUCUGGCCGGGGCCAUCAGCAGCCUGCAGGAGGAGCUGGCCCAGGAGAAGGCACAGAAGGAGGUUCUGCUCCGGAGAUGCCAACAGCUGAAGGAACGCCUGGGCUUGGCUGAGGCCCACGCAGAGGGUCUGCGCCAGCUGGAGGUUGACCACGGACGCAUGAAACGUGAGGUCAGCACCCACUUCCACGAGGUCCUGAAGCUGAAGGACGAGAUGCUGAACCUGUCACUGCACUACAGCAACGCGCUUCGGGAGAAGGAGCUGGCAGCCACACGCUGCCACAGCCUGCAGGAGGAGCUCUACCUGGUGAAGCAGGAACUCCAGCGGGCAAGCCUUGUAUCUUCAUGUGAAAGAGAAUCUCUAGAGAGGUCCCUGAAAAUGGCCAGCGACCUGGAGCCUGAAGGAGAGGAACUGAAUCGGCUUAAGGAAGAGAACGAGAAGCUCCGCUCGAUGACCUUCAGCCUGACAGGCUUUGAACUCAGGAUCCUCCUGUCUCAGUAUCCUGGCAUGAUAGACCUGCACCACCAGGUGGAGAAGGACAUUCUAGAACAGAGCCUGGAUGAGGCCCGGGAGAGCAAGCAAGAGCUGGUGGAUCGUAUCCACUCACUGCGGGAGAGAGCAGUGGCCGCGGAGAGGCAGCAGAAGCAGUACUGGGAGGAGAAGGAACAGACCCUACUCCAGUUCCGGAAGACCCAGGUGGACUGUGAACUAUACAAAGAGAAGAUGACCAUGCUUCAGGGCCAGGUGGCUGAGCUGCAGAAGGAACGUGACCAGGCGUACACAGCAAGGGACAGGGCCCAGAUGGAGAUUUCUCAGCGCCUGGUGGAGAAGGAUGCCCUUCGCAGAAGAGUGUUCGAGCUGACGGAGCAGGUCUGCGAGCUUCGUACCCAGCUGCGCCGGCUGCAGGCUGAGGCCCCAGGAGGACCCAAGCAGGAAGCUGGAAACAGGGAAAUCUGCCUCCGGGGGAAGCAGCGGCUUGUGAGGAUGCAUGCUGUGUGCCCACCAGAUGACAGUGACUGCAGCUUCCUCAGCUCCACCGAGUCCCGGCUGUGGUGGGACCUGAAUUCCACAUCCAGCCGGGAGCAGAUGGACAGCUUCCGCUCCAGCAGCCCCAUGCCUCCCAGCCAGCAGUCCCUCUACAAACGGGUGGCAGAGGAUUUUCUGGAAGACCCUGAGUCUCUAAGCCUCCCAGAAGUCCUCGAGGUGCGCCUUCAAGGGGCUACGCUGGACGACACAGACACAGACCUGGAGUUUGAGAUGUUAGACGGAGCCGACCUCUCUCAGACAGAGGACAGCCUGCAGGGGUCUUCCAGAAGCCUGAAUGUCUCAGAAAGCGUCCCUGUGAGGCGGAGGCCAGCCCGCAAGAUCCUAAGCCAGGUCACAGUGCUGGCGUUCCAAGGGGACGCGUUGCUGGAGCAGAUCGGUGUCAUUGGCGGGAACCUCACAGGGAUCUUCAUUCACCGUGUCACCCCUGGCUCCGCAGCAGAUGAAAUGGCCCUGCGACCCGGUACCCAGAUCAUGAUGGUGGACUACAAACCUACCAAGCCAUCAUUAAGGGCCACUCUGGAGAAUACAACCCUGGAGCAGGCUGUGGGCCUUCUCCGGAGGGUGAAUGGUUCCUGCUACCUGUCUGUGAAGAUCAACACUGAAGGUUAUAAGAACCUCAUCCAGGACCUAGAUGCCAAAGUGGUAACAUCUGGUGAUUCGUUUUACAUCCGGGUCAACAUGGCCAUGCAGAGGAGAGGGGAGGGAGAGUUGCAUGCUCACUGCAAUGAUAUUCUGCAUGUCACCGACACCAUGUUCCAAGGCCGCAGUUGCUGGCAUGCUCAUCAUGUGAACCCCUACACCAUGAAAGACAUGGAGCCCGGCACCAUCCCUAACUAUUCACAGGCUCAGCAGCAGCUCCUGGCCCUCAUCCAGGACAUGACUCAACGGUGCACAGUCGCCCGCAAGGUCGGGCACCUUGUUCUCUUGGGACACAGAACACCUUUCACUCUGAGCACCCAUCUGUCCCUGAGCAAGCCUCCCGGAGGACCACAGAAGUUAGUGCGGAUUGUCAGCGUGGACAAAGCGGCCGUCAGUCCUCUGACUUCAUCCUUUGACCAAGGCCAGGAGGAUUCUGGCAAGGAGGAAGGUGGUCCCAGCGUGUGCUUCUGGCCAGAAAACUGCUUUACCCUGGCACCUUACACCCUGGUGCACCCCCAUAGGCCUGCGUGGCCCCGGCCUGUGCUGUUCGUGCCCAGAGUAAUUGGGAAGAUCCUGGGCAAAAAGCUGUGUCUCCUCCAAGGUUUUAAGCAGUGUUCAGCAGAGUACUUGAGCCAGGAGGAGUAUGUCACCUGGAGUCAGAGAGGGGACAUCAUCCAGGAGGGAGAGUCAAUAGGUGACCACCACUGUGUCACCCGGCAUGCCGUGCAGUCCCUCAUGAAUACGAGCACCCAUGCCCUGCUGGAUGUCCGGCUGGACAGCGUCCGAGUCUUACACAAGAUGGACAUAUUUCCCAUCAUCAUCCACGUUUCUGUCAAUGAGAAGACGGCAAAGAAACUCAGGAAAGGCCUACAUCGGCUUGGCAGCUCAGAGGAGCAGUUCCUGGAGGUGGCCCGGCAGGAAGAGGGGGAACUGGACAGAGUGCCCUGUCUGUACAGCAGCCUGGCCCCCGACAACUGGAGUGAUCUGGACAGCCUGCUCAACUGUGUGCGCCUGGCCAUUGCGGAUGAGCAGAAGAAGGUGGUGUGGACAGAGGGCCCCUGCUGAAGCCCACACCUGGCCUGGGACUGUGGGGACCUCCAUGUGUCUCUUAAUGCCGUCAGCAAACAGCCCUACUUCCUUCUCUGGUCAGGGUCUGGCCUCAGGUGCUCACAGAAAUCAAGGCGAAAAUGAUGAAGCACCUUCCCACAGCACGGCCUGGGCUGAUGGAGGACCGGAGAAUAUUCGGCCAUGUGGGGGUGUUUCCUGAGACCUGCUCAGAGCCAGCACUCCAACCUUCUGUGGUAACAGGACCAGGUCGUGGGUCUGUCCCUCUUUUUAUGUUUCCGAUGUCAAGUGAACCCUGGAGGGUCACUGGAGCAAUCCUCACCGCCCAGGGUGGGGCACUGACUGGAGCGCUGUGGGCGUGACUGACUCAGCUACCACAGACACCAGCAAAGGAAGCUGCUGUAGUGGACAGACUUGAGCGGCUCUUUGACUCACUGCUCUGUGCCCGGCCCCAAACACCAGGUUGCUUUGGUACAUAUCCUGGAGCCAACUGACCAACCCUUUGUGAGCAAAGAACUCAUUCUUGAACUGACAUUAUCCCCUGGUCCUUCUCGGGAUGUAUCACGCCACACUUGGGUGAAGCCCCCACCCAGCCAUAAACUGAGUCAGUUGACAGGGUGUUUGUGUCUCGGUGCCAGAGACCCAGUGUGCUCCUACGAUGUUCUGUGAAUGAUUAUACUGUUGUAAAAAGGUUUUCCCAA